AACCCUUCAACUACACUUACUAGACUUACCUCAUUUUUGCCGAAGUAUAUAACCUCCUUAUCCCUCUCCGAGCGCGGUAGUGACAUCUCGCCUUUAUCCUUCCACUCAUUAUAACCACGAGGUCACUACCCCCAUCGCUCAGUAUGCGGCACUCCACCGACCCUACCACAGGUAGCUCGACCGAGCCAAAGCCCGACACGAUCAUCCCUCCGCACUCAUCAUCUGGCAAUAGCAGACAUGCGCGGAACUCCUCGCUGCCCUUCUAUGGCGGGUCGCCCAUGAGGAUCACGCGAGGAAUCAAGCCGGAGGGAGAGUCGGGAAGGCGAGGGGUGCAUCCGUGGAAGUUUCUGAAGAUCUGCUUCCAGGGGAGCUGUCAGGCGGGGAUGGUGAUGAAUUUCCUGUGGCCAGUGGUGCCGGCUGCGAUUGCGGUGAACUACGCCCGGCCAAAAGAUUUCCUCGCCAUCUUCAUCCUCAACUACAUCGCCAUGAUCCCCGCCGCCAACCUGCUCGGCUUCGCCAGCCAGGAACUCGCCCGCAAGCUCCCCAAAGUCCUCGGCGUCAUCCUCGAAACCACCUUCGGCUCCCUCGUCGAGAUCGUCCUCUUCAUGGUGCUGAUCGCCAAAGGCGACGGCAGCGUCCAGAUUAUCAAGGCCGCCAUCCUGGGCUCCAUCCUCGCGAACCUCCUCCUAUGCCUAGGCCUCUGCUUCUUUUUCGGCGGCCUCCGGCGCAACGAGCAGUCCUUCCACGAGGCCGUCAGCGAGGUCGGCAGCAACCUCAUGCUCGUCGCCGGCAUGGGCCUCAUCAUCCCUGCGCUGUUCGCCGCCUCGGUCACCUCUGGCAUCACCGAAUCUACCCCGAUGUCCCCCGAGCAACUCGACAGACACGUCCUCCGCAUCUCCCGCGCCGUCGCCAUCAUCCUCGUGUGCGGCUACUUCCUCUACGUCUUCUUCCAAAUCCGCUCGCACCACGGCCUCUACGAAGACCUCCUCGAAUCCGACGAGGCCAAAGACGUCGACCGCUCCCGCGACCUCUACAAGGCGAAGCUUACCCUCACCGAAACCCUCCUCGCCCUCGCCCUCGCCCUCGCCUGCGUCUCCCUCAUCGCCGUCUUCCUCGUCGCGCAGAUCCACCACCUCGUCGCGGAGCGCCACGUGUCGGACGCGUUCGUCGGGCUGAUCCUCGUCCCGCUGGUCGAGAAGGCCGCCGAGCACAUCACCGCCGUCGACGAGGCCUGGGAUAACCAGAUGAACUUCGCGCUCAGCCACGUGCUGGGCUCGAGCAUCCAGACCGCGCUGCUGAACACGCCGUUGGUGGUGUUUGUUGGCUGGGGUCUCCACCUCGAUAUGAAUCUGAAGUUCGAGCCGUUUGAUGCGGCGGUGUUGAUCUUGGCGAUCCUCGUCGUCGGGGGGUUCCUAAGGGAUAAGAAGAGUAAUUAUUUGGAGGGCGCGCUGUGCGUGAUGGUGUAUGUCAUGAUCGCGAUUUGCGCGUACUUCUAUCCGAACCCGCUCGCGGCGGAGGGCCAUCAUUGACGAGGUGGGUUCGAGUGGGGUUGCUUUGAGUUCUUCAGCGUGUCCAUUGCACAGUUUUCUUGCGUCGCGAAGGAAUGAUACCCCCUUGCGUUUGGCAUUUUGCCGACGGUUUU